UGGAUGCUGCAAGAAUAAAGAAUCUAUACAUAGACAGAGAGACAGUAAAGGCAUCCCAAGAGUUGUUAGAUGCACUGUUUACUUCCAAAGCUCCUGGUAAAUGGAGAUCAUUUGUUGAUUCCCUUGAAAGUGCAGAAUAUCCUUACCUGAAGGAAUUACUGUCAUAUCAAAAUAGAUAUGACGCGUUUUCAUCAUCACGUGCUCAGAAAAUAUUGUGUUUGUUUACACCGUAUCUUGAACAAAUGAUACAUGCACAUGAGUUUGUGUCAGAAUUGAAGACAAGAGGCGUCAUAAAUGCAGCUGAUGAGGAACUUAUCCUAAAAACAUAUGAAACUAAAGGCGACAUAUACUCAACAAUGAUUCUCCUUGAUAGAAUGCAGUGUAGAAAAUCGCCCCAGGAUUGGUAUUAUGAGUUCCUAGACUUACUGAUGAAGAAGAAAUGCGAGCAUUUGGUGAAAGAAAUGGAACCUGAUUUUAUUGAAAAUCCUUCGUCAUUUAUGCCUAAGCUAGACAGAGGUGACGGUUUCAAGGAUACAAGUGACUUAGGAGCAUCUCCCUCACUGACAAUAAGGCAGGACUCAUCGCUGUCAUCAACCGAGUACCAAAUUGACAGCUUAGAGACGAUCGAUAUAAAACCUUACGUGACAAAAUCUCCUUCAGUUGGUAUAUAUAGGCGAGCAAACCGCAAACCUGGAAAUACUGAUGAACAGAACAACCGUGAAGAAGAAUAUGAUGAUGAUGAUGAUGAUGAUGGAGAUUCAUUGGGGUCUGAUUAUGAAAAUACAAGUGUUGAGACUGCAGUUUUGGCUUCGAACACAACAGCUCCAUUUCAAUUGCGCAAAUAUCAAUUAGAACUUGCAGAAAAUGCAGUUCUUGGAAGAAAUACAAUCAUUUGUGCGGAAACAGGAUCUGGAAAAACCUGGGUUGCUCUGCAUAUCGUACAGCAGCAUUUACAAAAUGCUAGGAACGGUCAAAGGAAGGUAGUGUUCAUGGCCAGGACUGGGGCUCUAAUCAAACAACAGUCUGACAGGUUUAAAACUUAUCUUCCACAGUUUCAGACUCGUUUAAUAACCGGAGAAGAUGACCAAUCAAGGAUGUUAAACAUGUUUUUAGAAACUUACGACAUACUAUGUUUCACACCUCAAAUUCUAGUAAAUAAUCUAGAAGACAACGUCAUAAAAAGCCUGUCAGAAUUUUCCUUGUUGAUACUUGACGAAUGCCACCAUACGAGAGGAGAUGGUCCUUACAGUACGCUAAUGAGAAAAUAUCUAGUGGAAAAAUCCAAAACAAAAAAAGAAAUGCCACAGGUAGUAGGUCUGACAGCCUCUAUUGGUGUCGGCAAAUCUCGAACAGAUCAGGAAUCGGUUGAUUACAUUCUGAGGGUAUGUUCUUGUCUGGACGUGAGAAUAAUUUCAACGGUAGAAAGAAAUUUUAAAGAAUUAAAGAAACAUGUCAGCAUUCCUGAUGAAGAAACAAUACAGCUUGUAAAGCAGAAAGAUGACCCUUGUAAACAUUUUAUAUUGACUGCAAUGGAAGAAACUGAAGAUAUGUUGCAAGACAAUUCAUUGAUGCAACCUGAUAUGAUUGAUCUCAUGGACAAGCAGCCACGUGACCGAGAGUCUCAAGAAUACAAUAAAUGGACAGUUGAUGUAAUGAGAGCUGCACCUUUGAAGGUGGUUGACUAUGAUGUGUCCAGAGAUAUAAAUAGUUGUGCAAAAUACUUGAAUAUUUACAACUCGGCCCUAGAGGUUAACAAACUCUUGCUUUCGAGAGAUGUCAUUAAGUAUUUGGCUGAAAAACACAGACUUGAAGGGGAAAACAAAGACAAACUAACUGAGAUGGAAAAGGAGCUGUUCAAAAAUCUGCAAAAUGUGCAGAAAACAAUAAACGUGAAAGGGAAAAACACAGAAAAUCCAAAUGUGAGGAUUUUGAGCGACACCUUACGUAAGAUGCUUGAUGACAAAGGGGACGAUUCAAGGGCCAUGGUUUUUGUGAAGGCAAGAGCAACUUGCAGAUCUCUUGCUGCAUUUUUGGACAGGGAUCUCCAGAGUAGUGGAGUAAAAGCGAGUCCAUUAUAUGGAAAGGAAAAUCGUGGUGGAGAUGACGGAAUGACAGAAAGUCAACAAACCGAGAUACUUGACAAGUUUCGCAGUGGAUUCUUCAAAGUUCUAGUAUGUACAUCUGUUGGGAAUGAGGGUAUAGAUGUACCUGAUUGUAAUAUUGUUCUUAGUUACGAGUAUUCCGGAGAUGAAAUAACAAAAAUACAAAUGAAAGGUCGUGCUCGUAAGAAAAAAGCGACAACAAUCACUAUUGGAAGUGGUAAAGUAGUAGAGAAAGAAAUGAUUAAUACAUACAAAGCUGCAAUGAUGUAUAGGGCAAUGAAUAUUGUAAAACAGUUGGAUCCAAAACUCAUCAAAUUGAAAGUUAAUGCCUUCCAAAGUGAAGAAAUACAUAAAUACAGAUUUAAAGCAGAAGUUGAGAAGUUGAAAAAGAAAAUGAAGUCUGAUGUAGAUUACGCAAUUUUGUGUGGAAGAUGCAACACUUUGGCUUGUUAUCUCUCUGAUGUAAGGCAGCUUGGAUAUGAUCAUAUCGUAAUUGAUAAAGAUUUCGCUGACAAUAUUACAAGAAAAGAACACAAUAAUCCGACAACAUAUGACGGCCUACACAUAAAAUACAAGAUGUUUUGCAAGAAAUGCCCAAUAGACUGGGGUAUAAUUGGACUGAGAGAUGGCUUAGACUGCAUGAUCCUAAAAAUCAUCAAUUUCAAGUUUAGGAAUUUGCGAACACAUGGUGUGAGUACCUACAAGAAAUGGAGUGAUGUACCAUACGCUCUUCCUAAAAUAAAGUUGGAAGAUCUUCCUAGAUUACUAGCCUCCGUAGAAUCCUUCCCUGUGGAAGUUCUCAAGAUGGAUGAUGAAUCAAUAGAACUAUAUAAGGAAGCUUUGGAAACCGGAACAACACGUGCUUAUACCAUACGAGUUAUGGUAGUAGGGCAUAUGGGAGUUGGUAAAACAACCCUUACAAAAAGACUUUUUGGUGAAAAUGUUGAUCUUUCGUCCGACAAUGAAAGUACGAAUAGCAUUGAUGUUCAUGUGAGAAAAUGCAAAGUCACAUUAAAAGACGGCAAUUGGUUAUCUAUGACUGAUGGUUAUUCUGACAGAAAUCAUAACAGCCAUAUUGUGUCGGAAUUGAUGAAAUGGUCUAAGGAAAAACACAUGAAAAGCAAUGAAGAUACAUUGCAGUCGCAUCAAAAUGAAGCAGAAACGACACAAAACCUGCAAGAAGAACUAUUGUAUACUAGAACUCGAGUCGAUGACGGGAAAAGAGAGGUGAAUGAAACCGUCACAAAAUAUGAGAAUAACGGCACGAGAUCCGAAGAAAAAAACUUUAGUCCUGAGUUUGACCGGGAAGAGGCCAAGAAAAAACUUGAGUUAAUGACACUGAUUCAAGAAACACAAAUAGGAAGCAUGCAUGAGACAAAUGUGACCGAAGAUACCGCAGACCUGUCUGUUUGGGACUUUGCUGGUCAGCAUAUCUACUAUGGAACUCAUCAAAUAUUUCUAUCAAGAAGAGCAGUAUAUCUCCUGGUCAUUGACCUGUCUAAGCAUGUUGACAGUUUCGUUGAAGAUGACUGUUUUAUUGACACGGGCGGAGAAAAACAAUACAAAAUAUCAGAAUUCGUAAAGUUUUGGCUGAACUCGAUACAUACAUACUGUCCAUCGAAAAUUUCUAAAGAACCACCAGUCAUUUUGGUUGGGACAUUUGCCGAUAAACUGGCCGAGGAAAGGCAAAAUCAAUCCGAAAAAAUAUUUUCUGACGUGAGAAAAAUGUUAACGGAAUUUGAAGAAUUAUAUGAGCACUUGACGACUAAGGACAUUUCAAUAGAUAACGCAAUUAAAGACCCAAAUGUUGAAGUUCUUAAAAGGAGGAUUGUAGAACUUUCCAAAGCACAAAGUAAUUGGGAUGACCAAUAUCCUGUGAGAUGGAUUUUACUCGAAAAAGCGAUAAUGAGUUUUAGAGAAAGUGGACUUCCGAUAUUGGAAAGGAAAACUCUCAUGGAGGUCAAUGAAGGACACCCUUUGUCUCUUCUUAGUUCAAAAAUGCUUGAUUUAUUUCUGAGGUUUCAUCAUGAGACAGGCUUGAUAUUAUACUUUAGCGAUGAAAACUUGAAGGACUACAUUUUAUUAAAACCACAAUGGCUAGUUGAUGCCAUGAAAUGUUUGAUUUCUGCGAAAAAGUUCUGUCAGAAGGAUGUACAGCUCUAUAAAAUGUGGCAUUCAUUUGACGAUACUGCUAUACUUAAAAAGGAUUUAAUAGACGCAGUUUGGAAUUCAGACACACAAUUCGCAAAACACAAAACUGAAAUACUUCAUUUUAUGCAAAAAUUGGAUUUGAUUGCCAAACCGCAACAACACUGCAAUGGCAAUUCAGAGACUGGAGAAUUCUACGUCGCACCAUGUAUGCUAAAGGCCAAAGUACCGGAUGCUGUCCUCGAAUUUCCUGUUACUAAUAGGCAAUGCAAAUCAACUUCAAGACUUUGUUUCUCAACUUCCUCAAAGAUCAUGCCGGUCCAGUUAUAUCACUCGUUGAUAGCGGAAUGCAUAAUGAAAUGGCCGAUUAACAAAAAAAUGGGAAAACUCCAAAUUUUCUGUGGAUGUUGCGUUUUCGAUGCAGAUAAAGAACAUGUCUUAACUGUUUGUUUUGCUAAUGACACAGUUCAAAUAUGGGUCACGAAAUUCAGCUUAGCUUGUAGUGAACCAGACGUUGAUCUAUGUACUGAAAUCAAAUCGUUUAUACAAAUUCAUCUAGAAAACAUUUUAAAAGGUUUCGGGAAAAUCGAUAUAUUUGUCAAGUGUCCAAAUUCAUUACCAAAGCAAUCUGGUCACCUAUGGAGAAUUGAUGAAUUGCAGGAAGAAAUAAGAUGCGAUGACCAUGAUUUACCACUUGUGUUUUCGAAAGCUUCGUUAAUGAAAUACUGGGAUCCAAUGUGUCUUGACCAAGAGGCGAUAUUUCCAAGGAAAUUUCUGGCCAAUGUUCCUACUGAAAAACAGCGAAAUCAAAUGGCGCAGCUUAUAGGAAAAGAGUACCGCUCACUGGCAAUUCAAUUAGGGUUAACUCAAGUGAAUUUAGAUCACAUUGACAUGAACGAAAGGUUGCUUACACCGAUAGAUAAAACCAUGGCUAUGCUGAAUAUGUGGGUGAAACAGGAUCCAAGUAAUGCGACAUUUGAAGCGUUAAAAAAAUCUAUGUCUAGCACUGGCAUUGACUGGAUGAAUAUAUUUUCUGCUAUCUCACAGGGACCUCCUUAAGCUUGAAAAAUGGUCAUUCAUGUUGGUUUGUACGUCAAUAAUAAGCAAUGUAGACAUGAAUAAUCAUAACAGUUAGGUCAAUUGUCUGAGGAUACUUGUUAACCAGUUAUAAUAUUAAGACAAAUACUGUUAAAUUUAAAGAAACAUUACGAGAUGUAUAUAAGGAUGUAAGUGGAAAGAAAAUAAAGGGAUGCUCUUCGAGAUACAAUUUUGUAACUAUCUGAAACAAUUUGUUUAGGACUUUGUGCAUCAUUGGCAGUUUUGGGCGAUAGGAAUUCCAUAGUUAGUCGAUAAGUUUGUUCAUUUUAAGGAGAUAUUGUGUAUUCAUAUGUCAUUUGCUACGUUUUGGUAUAAUAAAUGAAGGAUUUUACUAGACUUUAUAAGAACGCACAAUGGUUAUUUUUCCAACUUGUUGCAGGGAAUGUGCUGGUAUCAGUAAAAUAAUAUGGAAGUUAAGAACAAAGGCGAGAACUUAAGAGCUGAAUUUGAUUUUCAACUAAUAAAUCAUGCUAGAAAAUGAGAAACAUCAGCAAGUAACAAAUAGUUAUGAAGUUUAGUCUUUCAUGAUCUGCUUCAAAUGUGGCUGUGAAGGUGUUAAAAUAAUUAUCCUAAGCUAGCUGAUGCUUGAAUCAAGCAAUUUUAGCUAUUUUGAUAUUUCGAUGUUUUGUCAAUCAAUAUUCAUUUAUUCAUUUCUAUGUUAAGCUGUUCCAUCCUUUUAGUUUAACAUUAUCAUUAUUAUUAUCAUUAUUUCUAUUAUUAUUAUCAUCAUCAUUUCUUAUAAAUGUAAGCAUGUAGAAUUGAAUGGCUUGUGUCGGCGUUGCCUGUUUAUGAUAUAAUGGCUGCGUUCAGUUUUCCAUUUGGAGUGUUUCAUAUUAUGUGUUACACAUUCGGGCAUAAAAAACUCUUAUCCAAGUCUCUUUAUCUGAUGUAAACAAAACAAAAAAUCGGGGCAUCAAUUUGGCAUUGAUUAUAUUUCAAAUGAUGUUCAAACAGCUUGUUAAAAUAAAACAUUCUAGAGUACAAAAGAGUACGCUGCACAAUGAAAGAUGUUGAGAGUACAAAGCUGUGUACAUUAUUUGGUGUGAACUUUCCAUAUCAUUAUAAUUUCCAUCUUUAUCAUUGAAGUUAAUCAAAAUCUAUUCAAGGUCAAUUAGAUUGCUAAAACCUUUUACAUUAGUUAGACACACCUUAUGUAAUUUCAUGUUUUCAUAUAAUCCUUGGUAGCAAUAGAAACUUUCAUGAAAAUCCAUUUAUAUAAUAAAUGUAAUAACAGACUGAACAUUCUUUACAAAUGGGUCAGAAAGGUAGGCUGGCAGAUUAGAGAAAAUUUUACCGGUAUUCACACGAUUGCUUUAUCGAAUGAAGAUGUAUGAUUUUGUCAUCUGAAGACAGAUGGAGGUUACUAAACUCACUACGAUCACAUUGGUUCAAACGAUCGAUUGACUAGAAAUAUUUAAACGUCAGGUGUUUUAUAACCAUCCGUUAACAUGAAAAAAACGGACGGUUGUAAAAUAUUCGACUGAUAAUACACAGUAGAUUAUGGUUUACGUAAAGAAAACAAAAUAAAACACGCUUUUUAAAAUCUUAUUUGCAAAAUCGCUCCAAAGGCAGUAUUCUACAUGUAAGGUCAUGCUGACAUUAAUUCAGGGUUAUCUUCCUUUAAAUAAGCACCAUUUUCUAAUUCAAAUGUAAAUAACUCAAACCAGGUCAGUGACCUAUUAAUAGGGACUUUAUGAACUUUGAUCGUGCAUAAAUAUCUGCAGAACCAUGAAGACGUAUUUUAAGCACAAU